AUGCUGGAAAGUGCUAACAAAACCAAUCUGGGCAUCAAUACUAACCAAUCAAGUACUAAAGAUUCAAAAGAUGAAGUUUUGAGAAAACGACGUGAGCAAUUGGCAGCAUGGAGGGCGAAAAAGCAACAAGAUACUAAACAGGUAUCAAAAGCUCCGCUUCAUGAUUCCCCCGAGGCUAAUGACCCAUUAGAUGCAGAGAAGAAGCAAAGACAACAAAGACUUGAACAAUGGAAAAAGUCACGUUCUCAAAAGGAUGGCAGUUCCACACCACAAAUUAAUACAGGAAGUACCAAGAUUAAGAUCUUGAAGAAACCAUCAACAGCACAUCACAAACCACAAUCUCGGCUCAAAAGAAGGAUUGAUGAAUUCGACAACGAUGCUGAGGAGAAUCAACAAAAGAAGUUGAAAUUUGUGACACCAAAAUCUACUUUUGGUAUCGUAAAUAAUCCCAGCAACGUACGACAACUGGAAGUUGAAGAAGAAGAUGAAUUAGAUGCUUUCAUGAAAUUGAUUGAUACAAACGAUAAUCAAGUUGAGGUUAAUGGAGCUGUACCAGAAGAAUUCACCAACUCAACAGACGACGAAAGUAUUGAGGAGGAGGAUACAGAUUUACAGAGUUUGAUAGACUUAAAGUUGGCCAAGCUUAAUAACACCACCAAGGAGUUGAAAGAUAUUGACCAUUCACAAAUAUCUUAUUUAUCGUUCAAAAAGGACUUUUACAAAGUACCCUUUGAAUUACUGUCAAUGUCUGAGGAUGAAAUUAGCUUGUUGCGAAUGGAUCUUGAUGAUAUUCGAGUCAAGGGGAACAAUGUUACACCACCAUUUACUAAAUGGUCCCAAUUGUUAUUACCGGAGAACAUUAUAUCCGUAGUCAAUGACAAGCUUCGAUUUGACAAGCCCUCGCCCAUACAAGCGCAAGCUAUUCCAGUCAUCUUAUCAGGAAGAGAUUUUAUUGGAGUUGCCAAGACUGGAUCGGGCAAAACACUAUCGUAUGUCAUACCAAUGAUGCGACACAUUCAAGAGCAAGCACCACUGGCUAGUGGAGAUGGUCCUGUUGCUGUGAUACUCAGUCCUACCAGAGAAUUGGCGCUACAAAUUGAGCAAGAGGUUUUAAAGUUCGCCAAGGCACUUGACAAACGAGUGACGUGUUGCUAUGGCGGAUCAAAGAUCGAAAACCAAAUCAGUGAUUUGAGAAGAGGUGUUGAUGUAGUUGUAGCCACACCAGGAAGAAUGAUUGAUUUAUUAGCUGCUAAUGGGGGUAGGGUCACCACCAUGAGACGUACAACCUUUGUUGUGUUGGACGAAGCUGAUCGAAUGUUUGAUUUGGGGUUUGAGCCUCAAAUGAAGAAGAUUCUUUCACAAGUGCGACCGGAUAGACAAACUAUAUUAUUUUCUGCAACUUUUCCCAGGAAAUUGGAGAUUUUAGCCAGGCAAAUCUUAUCCGAUCCAGUGGAGGUCAUUGUCGGUGGUGUUGGUGUAGUUGCCAAAGAAAUCAAACAAAACAUUGUGCUUUUAGAUCUGUCAGGUGAUAAAUAUUUUGAGGAAAGACUCAAGAUGCUUCGUGAACACGUGGAAAAGCACAUUAGUGCAAACCAGGCUAGUAAAAUACUAGUAUUUGUCGAGAAACAAGCUGACGCAGACAAAUUAGUUCUCAAUUUGAUUAGCAAUGGUUUACCUUGUGUGGCUAUCCACGCAGGUAAAGAACAAAUUGAUCGAAAGUACGCCAUUAAGGAGUUUUCAGCUGCUGAUAGCGGUGUUAAUAUUUUAAUUGCAACAUCUAUUGCCGCUCGAGGGCUUGAUGUGAAGAAUUUGGGGUUAGUGGUAAAUUUUGAUCCUCCUAAUCAUCUUGAAGAUUACGUUCAUCGAGUAGGCCGUACAGGAAGAGCUGGUGCCAGUGGAGUUGCUAUAACGUUUGUCUCGCGGAACCAAGAGAGGGAAAUCAAUGUUUUGGUGAAGGCGUUGAGGUUGAGUUCUAAUGAAGUUAUUCCUGAGUUGCAAACAAUUGCUGAUUCAUUUAACCAAAAAGUCAGGUCCGGAGGUGCUAAACUAGGGUUUGGGUUUGGUGGGAAAGGAUUGGAUAAUCUUCAAGAAGUUCGGGAUAACAAACUACGGAUGGAGAAACAAAUGUAUGGUGAGGAAGCAGAAGACAAGGAAAAGCAGAAGGAGAAUGGUUUAUCGACAACUAAAACCAAAGAAGGUUCACCAGAAUCUACCAUGACCCUCCCUUCAUUUGAUAUUGUUGAAGGUAAUUCACCUGAAACUGCUGGACCUGACAAGUGUAAAUUUUUUUGUCGAAUUACAAUCAAUGACUUGCCACAAAAGGUUAGAUGGGAUGUCGUUCAACGAGAGCAACUAUCCAAGGUUAUCGAGGGUAGCAGAACAUCAAUUACCACAAGGGGCAAAUUUUAUCCACCAACGCAUAAGUUCGAUGCGGAUAAGGAUACCGAACCAAAACUUUAUCUUUUGGUUGAAGGAUUGACUAGGAAAUCAAUUGAGGAUGCAGUAUCACUCAUCAAAGAGAGAAUGUUGAAGAGUAUUGAGUCUAUGGCUGCUGAUGAUCGUGGUGCUGCGUCUGGCAGGUACACUGUAUAG